AUGUUACAUGGGCCAAGACAAUCGAGAUUGAGCCACCCACAUCAUGUGAUUGGUGUAGAGUGGUGUGAUCUCCUAUCACCACACGCCAAUACAUCAUUAGGACGAUCCAUUCGUGUUAGUAUCAAUAUUGACCAAGACCUUAAACCAUGCAUGGAAGAUGAAAGAACAAUCAAAUUGCCAAAAUCGCAUGCCAUGAAUGGAGGAGAUGAAAAUUAUAGUUAUGGUCAAAACUCAUCUUAUCAGGGGGGCAGUGGAUGCUGCAAAGGAAUCAUCAACGAAGGAGUUGCAUCCAAACUUGACCUGAAACUACUUUCUUCAUCUUCCACCAUAAACCCAUUUCGCAUAGCAGAUUUUGGUUGUUCCACAGGACCCAAUACGCUUCUAGCAAUGCAGAUCAUAGUUGAAGCAGAGGAGCAAAAAUUCAAAUCAGAAAAACCAACAACCAACUCAGAGAUGAAAAAGGGUGUUGAAAUCAUUCAAAACCUGGUCACUGAAGAAAAACCUGAGUUGGUUGUUGGUUUUUCUGAUUUGAAUUUUUGCUCCUCUGCUUCAACUAUGAUCUGCAUUGCUAGAAGCGUAUUGGGUCCUGUGGAAACAACCAAAAUCUGCUAUGCGAAAUGGGUUUAUGGUGGAAGAUGA